AUGGUCAUUGGUUUGUGCAGACAUGGGUCCCACGUGAGCAAGGGUGGAACUGGGGGGGACUGCACUGGGCUACAGCCUACUUGCAACGUCCUUUAUUGCUCAUAUUUGCUCAUAGUGAAGUGGCCGACAAAGAUAUCAUCACCUUGUAAAAAGGUUAGAGUUCUUGUUAAUCUCAGGCAUGUGGGUUAUAAACAUAAUGGCCAUCAUCAAGCACCACCUAAAAGAGGGAAAACUCUAUUUUCCUUCUUUAAAAAGAAAGAUGGUAUUCCUGAUGAUCAACAAAAUGCAGCAGCACAAACUUCAAUUCCUAAUUUGCGCACUUCUGAAACUGUUGUGGUUGAAAGUUCAAUUCCUAAUUAUUCUCCUUCUAAGGAUAAAGCGUAUUGUUUUCCGUGUUUCAUUAUUGAGACUAAAAGUAGCUCUGCUUUAGUUAAUGAAGGGUUCAACAAUUGGAAGAGAGUUAACAACGGAGAGAAAUGUGUAUUUCUUGUUCAUGUUGGAAGUGUAUCUUCGUCACAUAACAAUUGUGUGAGAUGUGUCCAGGAUUUGAUGAAACCAACCCAACGUAUUGACAAGGUAAUGAAUGCACAAUCAAAGGAGGAUGUCAUGAAGAAUAGGUUGCGCCUAAAGACAGCAAUUCAGAGUAUUCGUUGGCUUGCAUUUCAGGGAUGUGCUUUUAGAGGCCAUGAUCAAUCCCCUCAUUCAUUAAAUCGAGGGAAUUUUAUUGAAAUGGUAAAGAUGAUGGCUACUUUAAAUGAGGAUAUUGCAAAGGUGGUAUUGGAGAAUGCCCCUCAAAAUGCAACAUAUACAAGUCCAAAAAUACAAAAGGAAAUCUUGCACCUUCUUGCUAACAAAGUGAGAAUGGUGAUUCGUGAGGAAAUUGGAGAUGCAAGUUAUUGUAUUCUUGUUGAUGAAGCACAAGAUGCUGCUAAAAGAGAGCAAAUGGCAAUUGUGUUAAGAUUUGUCAAUCGCGCGGGCAUUCUAAUUGAGCGCUUUUUUGAUAUUGUUGGUGUUAGUGAUACUGCAGCAAUUACUCUGAAAAAUGAAAUCUCUGUUAUUCUUACAAGGUACAAUCUCCAAGUUCAAAUGAUGCGUGGUCAAAGGUAUGGCGGUGCUAGCAAUAUGCGGGGUGCUUGGAAUGGACUUCAAGCAUUGUUUCUCAAAGAUUGUCCAUAUGCAUAUUAUGUUCAUUGUUUUGCCCAUCGACUGCAACUAGCAUUAGUGGCAACAGCUAAGGAGAUGCCUUGCAUUUGA